GCCUGGGGUACCCUGCAGUUUCUCCGUCCGGUUUCACCAAAUUCACGGACAACCACAGAAAACGAAUUUAUUUGAUUUACGUUUUUCAGUAGAUUGCGUAUCAGUUAAUUUGUUGUGUUGUGUCCAGAUUGGUAGGAGUUAAUUUAAGAAAACGACGUGACAAUUGUAUUUCAUGGUUACAUAAACAAAGACUUAAAAAUAAGAAAGUUCAAAUUGACUACUCUUUAACAACACCGACUUUUUUAAUAUUUUAUACUAUUGUAUUUAUGAUACUUGACGGUACAAUUGAAAAGAUUGAAAGUUUUUAUCUUAAUACUGUAAAGUAGUUUUCUUGGCGGUAUCUUUACUUUUACCCAAGUACAGGACUGCUGUCCUGUUGUGUUUGCUGACAGUGGUGACGUCACAUCACAUCUUUUUUUUCUUUCCCUUCCUAGCAACCUUCUUUUCUUCUGUUCUUCUUUCUGCAACUUGACACGUCUGCCACGUAGGAACUUCCUGGAACGCCAGGAUGAACAUCUGUGGAUGCAGUAAUGAAAUCACAGCAAUCAACAAGGGGGUUGUCACGGUGACAGUGGUGCCACACACUCCUGUGGGCUCUUUCAUCUUUCCUAGCAAGACCUUUUAGACCUGAAGCGGAAUUCCUCUGACAUGGCCGAAGAGCACUCAUAAACUGAAAAAAAAUGGGGUGUUCUGUGCUCCUGUUGGCCAGCACCGUGUCCAGUCUGGGAGGUCUGCUUUACGGUUACGAACUGGGCAUCAUCUCUGGUGGUUUGCUGCAGCUCAAGACCCAGUUCCGACUCACGUGCAUCCAGCAGGAGGCGCUGGUCAGCUCUUUGUUGAUCGGCGGCCUACUAUCCUCUCUGGUGGGAGGAGGCUUGAUCGACCGCUACGGCAGCAGAAAGUCCAUCCUCCUCAGUAAUGUCCUGAUGCUAACUGGGAGCCUUAUUCUGCUCAUCAGCUCCUACCCGACGCUGCUGUGUGGCAGGUUCACAGUGGGGGUCUCCAUGUGUCUGUCCUCCAUGUCCUGCUGCAUCUUUGUGUCGGAGCUGGUCACUCCUGAGCGGAGGGGUUUCCUGGUAACCUUGUAUGAAGCUGGCAUCACUGUGGGCAUCCUUGUCGCCUACACCAUGAACUACAUCCUGUUUGACUUGAAGAUGGGCUGGAAAUGGAUGUUUGGCUUAGCUGUUGUACCAGCCAUGAUUCAGAUGGUCUCCAUAUGCUUCCUUCCAUCCAACACUGACAGAGGUAUCUGUCAGGAUCUGAUUACUUCCAUGGAUACCCAAGAAGAAGGGGACUCCAACAAAAGGACGGAGUAUGAUAUCAUGUCCCUUUUCCAGCAAAAAGACAACAUGAGGAGCCGCAGCAUCGUUGGGUUGGGAUUGGUGCUCUUUCAGCAGUUCACAGGACAGCCUAGCGUUCUUUUUUACGCAUCCACCAUUUUUCACUCAGCAGGCUUUCAGAAUGCUGACUCUGCAGUGCUCGCCACUGUUGGCAUCGGACUGGUCAAGGUGGUGGCUACGUUCACCUCCAUGUUUUUUUCUGACAGAGUGGGCAGAAGACCUUUGCUCAUCAGUGGAUGCUGCGUCAUGGCCUUGUGUCUGACAACCAUCGGACUUCUCAGUGGACAGUCACUGAAGGGCACUCAGGGCCCUUGUAAUACGGAGCACGCCAUUGGCAACAGAACUGGUCAAUCUCAUUUCCCCUUUGGAAACCAAACACUUUUGAACGCAACACUGGAUGAGAACAACAUACUCCAAUAUUCUAGUGACCGAAAAACACUGAAAUCUCUGGAACUUUCUCCUAGUGUACAUCAAAACGCUGUAAACUGGAUUAUUCUUGUGUGCAUGAUGGCUGUUGUGGCUGCAUACUCCAUUGGAUUUGGACCAAUGACGUGGCUCCUCCUCAGUGAGAUCUUUCCUGCUCCUGUGAGAGGAAGAGCAUUCGCACUCACCAGCUGCUUCAACUGGAGUGCCCACCUCUUGGUUGCCUUCACCUUCUUGGAUGUUUUCAAUGCAGCGGGUCUGGGUGGAACGUUCCUCAUGUACGGGGCGACCUCGCUGGUGGCUGCAGUCUUCUUCUACUUCCUGCUCCCAGAAACCAAAGGCAAGACGCUGGAUGAGAUCGACAAGGAGCUGCGUAUGAACCGGUUUCACCACCAUGUGGAGUGCUGUACCUUCAUCAGACCGACGCCUUCUCACCACCGCUACCAAAGAGUCAGCUGUCAACAGAGCAUUUGAAUCUUUGAGCAUUGCGAAUCGACCAGCUUUUCACAACAAGCACAGCAGGUGGGCUGACAUGAGGUGAUGAUUAAAUGGUUCAGGUCAUCAAACUUUUUUAAAUAUUAGUCAAUCACAACACAACUGAAGACAAAAUGCAGGUUUUAAAUGAAACUUUUUAUUAUUAAGGGAAAAAAAAUCCAAAGUUUCAUGUCCGUGUGUGAAAAAGUGAUAUAAUAGAUCACUAAACCUAAUAACGGGCGGCACGGCAGUCUAGUGGUUAGCGCGCAGACCUCACAGCUAGGAGGCCAGGGUUCGAUUCCACCCUCGGCCAUCUCUGUGUGGAGUUUGCAUGUUCUCCCCGUGCAUGCGUGGGUUUCCUCCGGGUACUCCGGUUUCCUCCCACAUUCCAAAAACAUGCUAGGUUAAUUGGCGACUCCAAAUUGUCCAUAGGUAUGAAUGUGAGUGUGAAUGGUUGUUUGUCUAUAUGUGCUCUGUGAUUGGCUGACGCCUCUCGCCCAAAGACAGCUGGGAUAGGCUCCAGCACCUCGUGAGGAAAAAGCGGUAGAAAAUGAAUGAAUGAAUGAACAACUGCAAUCAAGCGUUUACAAUAUCUUGCAAUGAGUCUCUUAUAACGCUUUGGCCCAAUCAUCUUUGCAGAAUUGUUGUCAUUCAGCCACAUUCGGGGGGGGGGGUCCAAAGUCCAAAGUCUUCAUUUUGGAGCCGAUAGUCAUUUGCAGUGGAAGGGUAAAACAUUGCAUAAAAAUGUUGAAUAAUACAAACACAAUUAGUUUAAUAGCCUAAAGCAUGUUGAUUUAAGCAAACAACUGGAGUUAAGAUCAACACAACUCUUGGAAAGUUAAAUAGAAACUUAUAUAAUAGCUGAGAUCAGCCUUCAUCUUAGCAUACUUCCUUGCAACUAAACAAGGACUGAACUUGAAUUUCUUGUUCUCUGUCCAUCCAUCCAUCCAUUCAUUUUCUAUGCUGCUUAUCCUCACUUGGGUGACGGGGACCUGGACUGGUCGCUAGCACACUCACAUUCAUAACUAUGAACAAUGGUGGAGUCUUAACACUGACCUUAAAUGACAGCAAGUGAGACCUACAAUUCUUUGGAUGUUGUUGUGGGGUCUUUUGUAACCUCUGGAUGAGUCAUUGAAACCUGGAAAUGGUUCAACACCGGUCCAUGUUUUGGCCAUUUGUGGCUCUCUCAUGGCUCUUGCUGUGAUUCACUGGAGUCCCAAAGCUUUAGAACCAGAUUGUACUUUCUUAGAUCUUGGCAUUUGUAGAUUUUGAUGAUCUUUUGAUCUACUUCACUUUUUCAGUCAGUUGUUUUUAUACAGGACAAUGCAGGUAUGCCACUUUAGCUCGCCAUAUGUCAUGUAAAUGUGAAUCGCCCUUAUUUAUAAAUGGUAAUAGUUAAUUUUAUUUGAACAUGCAUCAUGUUACCAAGGAAAACAUCACAUGAUUCUGUUCCCAGUUCCCCAUGUCCCUGCAAAUGAGCUUUUCCCUUCAGCAAAUCAAUCUCCUCCAUCCAACCCUGUCUUCUGCAUCCGUCCCUUCAAUCCUAGCACCGCAGAAUAAUAUAAAAAAUAAGACACAUUAGUAUUACAUUACUAACACCAAAUGGCCAAUGUAGAAUACUACAUAUUAGUAACUCUUUGAAUGAUUUGUACAGUAUUUGUAUUUUACUUCAUUGACUUUUAGCUUGAAAAUUUUGCAUUCAGGCCAAAAAUGCAUAACAGUUGCUUAUUUAAACCUUUUUUUUUUACCAAGAGGCUAUAUUUAGCAACAAAACAACAUUAUUUUAGUAUAUUUUUGAAAAACAGUGAAGCCACCAAAUGUUUAGAUGUGAGGGAUUACCAUCUAUGACCCUCCUGAGAUGGGAUGUGGGGAGAGUUUGACCGCUGUGUUUGCCAACAAGCUUUUUCCAUCAGCAAAUCUCCUUUUGUAUUGACGUCAAAUAUUGCACUUAUUUGAUAGUAAAAGUAUUUGUUCCCUUGCUGAUUUUGUGGGUUUAAUAAUAAUUAAUUAUUAUAUAAUUGAUCACUGUCCACUGGUAAGAAUGGUUGCAGAGCUUGAGCAGCGGUUUUGCAGUGUAGAUUGUGUGUACUUGUGUAAAUGUAAUGGUGGCCUAAAACAAUCGAGUAUUGUUACUAAAUCUGUCCAAAAGUGGGAAAGUUAUAUCCCGGUUCUUGUUCGUUAUUUGUUUUUGGGAUUUCCUAAUUUCUACUACAUUCAUUCAUAUCCUGUGCAUCUCCGGGGGGCUAAGCCCCCAUACCUCCGUCCUCAGAACCUAGUGACACCCCUGCAAAUCACAUGUAUGGAAGACACCCGUUUUAGUAAGAUUUAUUGGUAAUCACCAAUAACUUACUAAUCACAUGUAUGAAAGACACCUGUUCACAUUGUUAACAGGUUGAUUGGGAGUGUCUAACAGGUGUGUGAAAGCCAGAAUUACAAAUGUAUACUAUGGGGUCAAAUAUUUAUUCCCCUCAAUGAAAAACAAAUUAAUUACAAUAUAUAUUUUCAUACAUCGCCCUUCAAAAGUAUAGAAUGAUCAAUUCUGUAUUAAUGGGCAAACCAAGAAAAUCAGCAAAGGAUCAAAUAUCACUGUAUUUACCUUGUUUUUAAUUGAAUUGUGUGCAUUCUGUGUAUUUAAAUAAAGUUUAGAAUAAAAACAUUUGUUCACAGUUACGUUUACAUCAGCAAGGGGUCAAAUAAAUAUUUUUCUGUGUUUUCUUCCAAUAUGGUAAUUACUGCACCACUGCUGUAUUGUGCAGGAAUAUAUAUAUUGUGUUUGUGUAUAUGUAUAUUGCUGGAAACAUUUGACUUCAUUGCUAUGCUCUUAAAAGGUGAAAAAUGAAUGUCCCAUUUGAAGUGUAAAAUGUUUACCUUGGAGCUUGUAGAAAUGUAAAAUGAAGAAUGCAAAAGGAAUGUGUGAGACAAGCAGCUGAUAAAUAAAAGGCU